GAGAGAAUAGUGAUCAAAAAUCAUUUUAAAACGUUUCGAAAUAUUUACACGUCACUGAGCCGUUUGUCCUCACAGACUUGCCGUAGCAGAUUGAAACUGGACAUGUCAAAUGUUGUAAAAAGAGCCAAGUUUGUGCUGCCUGUGCCUGGAGCCCUUGGCCUGAUGUCUGCCACUGUUUUUGCUGCAAGCAAGGCCAAACAAAAUAGCACCACCCUAAUGACUGAUGAGCUCUCGCUGUAUAACACACCUGAGUCUCAGCAUAAGUAUGCGGAGCCUGAGGUUGGCCAUGUUGAGCAGGGUGUGUCAUCUCUGAGAAAGACAGCAGAACCUUAUAUGUCAUGGUGUCAGGAAAAGACACAGUUUGCCAUUGAGAAAGUACAGUCUUACUACAAGACUGUUGAGCCUGGUGUGAAUACCACCCAAAAGAUUGUAAGGGAUAUACAUGAGUUUUUAAAUGACCCUCCAUCUGAGUUCUACCCCAGUAUGGGUGUUGUAGGCUUCUCUGGAAUUCUGGGACUUUAUCUUGCGAAAGGCAGCACAGUGAGAAGGCUGAUCUUCCCCACUGGGCUAAUGGCUCUGAGUGCCUCUGUGUUCUACCCACAGCAUGCCGCCUCUGUUGCCAGGUUCGCAAAAGACUACAUACAUUCCCGGAGUUCAGAAGGACGAGUUGUGCUGGAGGAGCUGCUGAGAGGAAAGUCAUCAUCCAAAGGUUCAGAAGGCACAGAAAACAGACAGUCAAAAGUUGAGACAAAGCAGUAAGGAGUCACUGGUCUGAACCUGGAUUCUGUUCACUUAUAAAUGCCCAUUGGUAUUUGCUACAGCUACUUAAUAAUAAUAUUUACUGUAUAUUUAACAUUAGUGACCAACAUUAAGUUAAUAAUAUCUUGUUUUUGUAUAUGUAGUAUGUGUAAUACAUUCAUUAAAUGCAGGUAUAUGUAAUGUUGUGUACAGUACCCAAUUAUUUGGACCAACUUUAAAAGACGAGCAACUACCUGACUUCAAUCUGAAACUUUAGCCGUUUCGUUUGCCUUAUUUUCCAAACAACAUUUUGUGACUUUUAGGACAUUGGUCUCACAUAUGGGUCUGAUUGCAUUCCAGUUUUCAGUACAAGUGCUGGCUUUGUUUUCUCUUGAAAUUUUAAACUUAUAUGUUUUUAUAAUCAAUUUCAAAAAUCGCAUCGACAAGAGUCCGUCCCAUGUUACAUUAACACGGCCUAGUGUGGACAUUCACAAAGGGGCAUUCUGCAAAGUACAGCACACUCCAUGACCCCCAUGAGUUAUAAAACCCAUUUCUUCUCAUUUAUAGUGCACA